GGUCUUCAUCCCUCACAUUGAAACCAAGGUUGAUCUCCGUUCUUAACUAGUAGAUCGAGCUAGGUUUCUUUGCUGUUCUAUCCUGCAAACUCGAACUAAUCCUCCAAUUCUUUCAGAUUUUCUUUUUCCCAUCACCGACCAUCUUUAACUCAUUUUCUUGGCUGGAAGUCAUUAUUUCCCUGCCAUGGCACCAAACGCAGAAACGCUUGUUGCUUCCUACACGAGGAACAGCCUCGACAAGCCUCAGAAGCCUCGGAGGAUCUCGAUGGAGGGCCUCCAGAGGGCGAUCUCCGAUCUCUCCUUUGAGCUAAGCAAAGAGGGAGUAGACACAAAGCUUGCACCCAUCUCGGAAGUGGAAGAUGCCAAGUGCGAGUGCUGCGGGAUGUCCGAGGAGUGCACUCCUGGAUACAUCCACCGUGUCCGGGAGAAGUUUUCCGGCAAGUGGAUAUGUGGGCUGUGCUCGGAAGCCGUGAAGGAGGAGGUGGAGAAGAAUGGGGGCAGGCUAGAUGAAGCCCUCAACAGCCACAUGAGCGUGUGUGUGACGUUCAACAGGAUUGAAAGGAGGCAACCCGUUCUCUUCCAGGCCGAGGCGAUGAGAGAGAUCCUGAGGAGGUCGAGGCUGGACGGAAGAGGAGCCAGGGCCAAGUCUAGCAGCCCGAGGGACAGGGAGAGUGUGAAGAGGGGCGGCAUCACGAGGAGCUCCAGCUGCAUUCCGGCUAUAACAAAGGAGAUCGACGAGAAAGCAAGUGCCAAUUAAUAUGGUAUACCGUCGGGUGGUUUGGCCUUUGUUUUCUUCGGUAUCAACUGGGUAGAGAGAGGGGGAAGGGGAGAAGUGUUCAUGCUGGGUGGCAUGGACACUGCAAGUACUAAUUUUCUGCUUCACCCUCCUCCAUGUAUGUCAUUAGGGUUUUUUUCUUUUUGGUGGCAAGCACGCGUUCAUACCUGAGGGGCUUUUUUUGCAAGGGGGAGUCAUAUAUACUUCUUCAUUUUUGUGCUGCAUGUCACCCUCAUUGUGACCCCUUGUCAACCUUCGUUCUCCGUAAGGAUAUUGCCCUUGAGAUGUGGUCUUGUGCCCUAGCCUCUCUUGCUGUAUAUUUCUCCCCAUGUGUGUUGCUUUUGUGUACUGGGAUUUUUUUCUUACCCUGCUUGGCUUUUCCAGAGCCUUUUUAGUAAGUGUUAGUAUCCUCCAGUUCAUGGCUAGCUUCAUGCAUUUAUUUACAGUUUAAUGCGUGCACAACUGUUUUAGGAAGGGCUUAUUUCAGGGCUUCGGGAAAUCUAUCUCCUCCUCUAGUGAGGUGGGUAUGUAGCAUGUAUUAUGUCAAGCUUUGAUAUUAGUAAAAGUAAAUAUAGCUUUUGUUGUA